UUUGUUGAGCAAAGUUCAGAAAUCAAUUGGUAGUUUUCAGAGGUUAACGAUGAGUGGCGGUGCCUCUGACGCAUUGCUGAAAGAAGGGGUGUGGCUAGGCCACAGGUCGGCAACGACCUCAGAAGGAGCCUUUUUCUGUGCCCAGGCAGGUACGCUUUCCCCGCCGACAGUAGGAAACAACCCACAUGGGUCAGUCCACUUUGACAAGAGUGCCAAAGGAAAGGGAAACAGGGGUCAGAACAGGUCUAGAAACAACAGUUACAGAAACAGAAGAGACUCCAAGUCGCCAAACUCUCAACAGAAUCACCAGCAGCAGAAUGGUAGCAGUCAUGGGCAUAAACAGAACGGAGUAAACUACCAUCACAACAAUUACUGGGACCAGAAUCAGUACUAUAGUCAUCAUAACCACAACUACAUCAGAGGCAGCAUGUAUCAGGGUGCUCAGAGGGGAUCCAACGGACCUCAGUACCAUCGAAACCAGCAGUUCUACUCCUCUCAUCACCAGCAGUUCGGGGAACUGAAACAACACAUAGCAGAUGCACGACAGACUAUCCAAAGGGCUCUAAGACACUCAGGGAAUCGAAACAGUUGGGGAGACCAGCAUGGUGGUGGUUAUAGGCGAAGUGGGGGUUCCAGGAACAACUCGGGAUCCGAAGGUAGCUGGGGAGGUAAUCGAAGAGGAGGCCGGAGGGACUCGAGGAGGAACAGUCAGAAAGAUCAGCAGGGUCAAAGUGUUCAGAACAACCAUCAUCAGCAAAAUCACCAUGACAACAGUCAGAAUAAGAACAAAGGAACGAAGAGAACGAGAACUGUGAGUUUUGGAGACACUGUCAGUGAGCAGCUGAGUGGCAGAAUCAGAGACCUAGAGAGCGAGAACAGCGAAUUGCACAAGUUGACAGAGAAACUGGAGAGUAAAGUUACAGAACUACUAGACAGAGUUCAGAAACUGGAAGUGACUCAUGAAGUGCAGUAGGUCGAUUAGACACCAGACAACAGAAACGAACCCCCGCCAUUUAUCCAAGAAUUCGUCAUCAUCAUCGCAGCAAUUCGCACAAUGAACAUCAGCAGCAGAUGUAAUUCGCUGCCCGUCUCUAUCAAUACUAGAACUGUGAUGGAUCAAAAACCAAUAGACUUCUCUAAAAACUAUCUCUUCAAAGGUGCCGGGAACCUUAAUAGCUUAUCUGAAUUUACAGUCAGAGAAAUUGUUACUGAUCAUUUUGAUGAAUGUUUGUAGUGGCCUUAAAGUUGUGUAGUCCAAAGAAAAUUAGUGUAUCCAAUGCUUGGAA